AAUUUUGACUUUACACAAAUACAAAGAAAUCGUGUUUCUGACUUCCAACAACAAAUAAUAAUCAUCCUUCUUUUUUCACUCAAGAAACAUUCAAACAUUGACAAAAUACCGUACUACUUGGAGUUUUCUUUCAAUGCAUUGCUUCAUUAAAAUCCCACUACCCAUUUCUGGGUAAUCUCAUUUUUUUUCUUUCUCUGUAUUUGCCAUGAAAAAUGCCGUCUUUAUGGAAAGCAUUUUCACUAUCUUCAAGUUCUCAACACUCUUCUUCUUCUUCUUCUUCUUCUGCUACUUCUCCGACCGAUUCACCGAAUACCCGUCGGAUUUACGGCGGCGGAAGGAAGCUUACUAGGCAGAGGAAGUUGAGGCAUGUUAGUGAUGAUGAUCUUGGUUUGCGGAGACCUAAUAUUCAGGCACUGAUUAUUGAUGAGCGUUCGAAGUCCUUGCCAGUUUCCCCUGAUUCUUAUACUGAUUUCGGGUCGGGUUCUAGGUCGUCUCACCACCACCACGUCCGUCAUUGCUCCAAGUCCUCCGCUGUGCCACUGCCGUUACCGCUCCCUGAGCUCAAUUCACUGCCCAAACAAAACACAGUUGACUCCAAUUUACCGGUUAGAGUUGAUAGGGAUCUUUUAAGCCCUCCUCUUGCCAGUUGCAGUGAUACUUUUGAUCGAUCUCCAACUGAGGUGAAAAGUUCUCAGCAUCCAAGGUCAUCUACUCCAACUUAUCGGCGUAGGGGGUUCCCUCAGGAUCUGAAUGCUGAGGGUGUUGAAUUCAGGUUGAAUGUUCCUGCUAGAAGUGCCCCAAGUAGUGGUUUUACAAGCCCAGCCCCAAGCCCAAAAAGGUUUAGUACACAGGACCUUUUUCAUUCUCCCUUGCAUCAGGCCUCAUCAUCACCUUCAGAGGCUUACUCUUUCCAACUUUCACCCACAAGGGUUAUAAAUAGCGCUGAUCAUUCUCCAUUAAGUAGUCCAGUUUUACCAAGUUCAGCUAACAGAGUCAGGAAUAACAGAAGUGGUGCUGUGCAUUCACAUCAUAAAUCUCUUCCGGAAAGUUCUUUAGGUUGGAAUGAAGCUAACAACAACAAUGUGCAUCCGCUACCCCUUCCACCAGGAGUUCCACGACAACCAGAAUUAUGUACCAUCCACAGCAAUAUGGAUAAACCAUGUGUAUCACCAACAAAGGGUCAAUGGCUAAAGGGGAAGCUUUUAGGUCGUGGUACAUAUGGAAGUGUAUAUGAAGCUACUAACUGUGAAACCGGUGCUUUAUGUGCAAUGAAAGAAGUUGAUCUUACUCCUGAUGAUCCUAAAUCUGUUGAAUGUAUAAAGCAGCUAGAACAGGAAAUAAGAGUUCUCCGGCAGUUAAAGCACCAAAAUAUUGUUCAAUAUUAUGGCAGUGAAAUAAUGGAAGACCGCUUUUGCAUAUAUUUGGAAUAUGUGCACCCCGGAUCAAUUAAUAAGUAUGUUCGGGAACAUUGUGGAGCUAUGACAGAGUCAAUAGUUCGAAACUUUACUAGGCAUAUUGUAUCAGGGUUGGCUUACUUGCAUAGCACUAAGACAAUACACAGGGACAUUAAGGGAGCAAAUUUGCUUGUAGAUGCAUCUGGUGUUGUCAAGCUUGCAGAUUUUGGGUUAGCAAAACAUCUUUCAAGCUGUGCAACUAAUCUUUCUCUGAAAGGGAGCCCUCACUGGAUGGCUCCAGAGGUAAUGCAGGCUGUGUUGCGCAAAGAUGCCAAUCCAGAGCUUGCCUUAGCUGUUGAUAUAUGGAGCCUGGGUUGUACUGUUAUUGAGAUGUUUACUGGACAGCCCCCUUGGGGCGAACUCAGUUGGGUCCAAGCUAUGUUCGGUGUCUUGAACAAAUCACCACCUAUACCAGAAAAAUUAUCAUCAGAAGGGAAGGAUUUCCUUCAGUGCUGCUUUCGGAGGAAACCUGCAGACAGGCCAUCAGCUAUGACGCUACUUGAACAUGCUUUUUUACGUAAUACUAGUUCCCCUGAGCAUAGUAUCAAUGUUGCUGGUUGCUCAGAGGAUUCUUCUGGGAUGAAAUUACAUGAUAUCCUGCAGAGUGCUAAGAACCCAAUUAACCAUAAAAAGGAACAAAAGCUGCUGUUACCAGGAACAUCUGCCAGGCAUGCAAAAUCACCAUGUAGCAGUUAUAAACUGUCUCUUCCAGUGAAACUUGCCGGCAAACUCAACCUGAAACAUGUGAAUAUAGAGCAGCUUCUCACCACUCUCCGCGUUCUGCACUUGAAGUUCUUCCCUGUAUUUCUUCAAUGGAGCUGAAUUCGAGUUCACGUGCAGCCAGCCCCUCAAGUGUUCCUAGUAGCUUUCGCCUAGAACCUGAAAACAGAAGUCCUUACAGAAUCAUAGGAAAGGAAAUUCCAAACCUCUGUAUAAGAUCAUAAAUAAAUGAAGAGGGGAAAAACUCAUGUACAGAUCAGGAGAAUUAGAUACAGAAAACUUCAGUCGGAUGAUUAGUCAAAAUGUGGGAGAGAUAUGCGAUGCAAUUCCCGUAUCUUUAUUGUAAUAUUGAUGUUGUAUUUGUAGCUAUCAAAGACAUACAUAUCUUUGGAACAGAUUCAUGAAGAAUUGAAGAUGAUUCUGAAGUUAUUAGUGUAAUUUAGAUUGUAAACAUGACUUAGCUGAUUGCCUGAACUGGGCAAAGAUCAAUAGUUUGAUUAUGAAGUCAGUAGUUAUUACA